CGAUGACGCGCGCGUGCGCAGAGCGCACCGCCUCUCCGCGAGGUGCGAGCGGGGGCCGACAUGGCGGCGGCAGCGCAGAGCGGCGGGAAACGCGGUCUCUGAGGCGGCCCCGAGCCUCCCCUCCCUCCCCUCCUCUCCCCUCACCGAGCCUUCCUCAGCGCCUCGCCCCGCCAUGGCGUCCUACAAGCCCGUGGUGGUGCCGGCGGUGCCCAAGCUCGGGGAGAAGGUGACGCAGGACACGCUGUACUGGCGGGGGUACAAGACGCCUGUUCAGAUAAAGGAAUUUGGUGCAGUAAAUAAAAUCGACUUCUCCCCAGUUCCUCCAUAUAACUAUGCUGUUACAGCCUCCUCAAGGAUCCAUAUUUACGGUCGUUAUUCUCAGGAACCGAUCAAAACGUUUUCUCGCUUCAAAGAUGCUGCCUAUUGUGCCACAUACAGGGAUGAUGGCAAACUGCUUGUUGCUGGCAGCGAGGAAGGUAGCAUUCGUCUCUUUGACAUUAGUGGAAGAGCACCCCUGAGGCAAUUUGAUGGUCAUACUAAAGCUGUUCAUGUGGUGGGCUUCCUCUCUGAUAAAUACCGAAUAUUUUCUGGUGGUGAUGAUUAUUCAUCAAAUUUGUGGGAUAUUCCAAGUGCUACAGAAAUUGUGACAUACACUGAACAUACAGACUAUGUGAGAUGUGGCUGUGCAAGUAAAUUGAAUGGAGAUGUCUUUAUAACAGGUUCCUAUGAUCACACUGUGAAAGUGUUUGAUGCAAGAACAAAAAGUAGUGUCAUGACAAUAGAACAUGGCCACCCAGUGGAGAGUGUGCUUCUUUUCCCUUCAGGAGGACUAUUAGUGUCUGCAGGAGGACGUUAUGUCAAAGUCUGGGAUGUAUUGAAAGGCGGACAAUUACUAGUUUCACUUAAAAAUCAUCAUAAAACUGUAACUUGUUUAUGCCUGAACAGCUCUGGACAAAGGUUAUUAUCAGGAUCCCUGGACAGGCACGUGAAGAUUUACAGUACAACUUCCUACAAAGUAGUCCACAGCUUUAACUACGCAACAUCUAUCCUCAGUCUUGCAUUGUCACCUGAAGAUGAAACUAUAGUUGUAGGCAUGACCAAUGGGGUGCUAAAUGUUAAACACAGAAAACCUGAAGAAAGCAAAGAAAAGUCUCAAAAGAAGAGACAACCAGCAUAUAGAACCUAUGUGAAAGGAAGAAAUUACAUGCCAAAACAGGAGGAUUUCUUUGUCAGUAAGCCUGCAAAGUGUGUUUUGAGGAAAUACGACAAGCUACUGAAGGGCUUUCAGUCAUCCAAGGCCCUUGAUGCAGUAUUGGAGCCACACAUCAGGCUUUAUACCCCUGAAGUUACGGUUGCAGUUAUGCAGGAACUAAACCGCAGAGGAACACUAAGGAGCGCGCUUGCAGGCCGAGACGAGAAGCAAAUUAGUCUCCUCCUUACCUUUGUGACAAGGCGUGUAAUUGAACCUAGAUUUACUCCAAUACUGGUAACUGUCGCAGAUAUGAUCACUGAUAUUUAUCAGCCUGUGCUUGGACAGUCAGCAGUUGUAGAUAAACAAUUCUUGAGGCUUCAGGAAGCCAUAGGAAGAGAGAUUGACUAUCAAGAGGAACUACUAGAAGUUUUAGGAAUGAUGGAUGCACUAUUUGCUACUUUGACUAAGAAAAAAGCUACGUAUCUAGAAGAGAACAAAAGUAAUGGUCUUACAAAUACUCCGGAUCAAGAUAUGUGUAACUAACUGAUGUCCACCACAACAAAAACUAUAUGGACUUGAAAUAGAUGACCUGUUCUCCUGAUAAGUUUUUAUAAUAGUGACUUUCAAAAUAAGCCCCUCUCUGCACAAGUUCUGUCUUGCAGGAUGUGUUUUUGAAGAGGACAUUAUAGAAGACAGAGGAAGAAGGACUUUUUCAGGGUUCUCCAUGUAAUAUUUUUUGAACAACUGAAUUUUAAACUUUUAUUCCAAAGCUAUUUAACUUUUAAUGAGUGUAUUGUGCAUCCAGUACUAAGUCAUGAUUUGAUUUUGGAAGAACAAUCAGUAAUUUUUACUGUUUGUUUACUAGAAAAUAAUUACAAGUUUGUCUAAUUUUAACAUGUCAUCAUCCUUAUUUAAGGUUAGUGUCCCAUCUCAGGUACUUGGACACAGGAAUAAAACCAUGUAUGUAUUUGAUAUAA